AUGGGAAAGGAUAAAGGAAGUCGGCCACGAAAGGCAUCAGAGAACAAGCAAGAACCUGCCUCUCGGUCGCCUUCAGCGGCUACCGCGGCCAGAGUCCCUUUGCCGGCAAGUUCUCCAACACCUGAAUCAGCCACUGGUGAUUCCAGUGAUCACGAGGAAGAGAUGCAACCCGAACCGAGCGAGGAGGGGAGAAAAUCACCUCAGAAUUUGGAAGAUCCCCAGAACCAAUAUGCCUCUCAAGUCGGUACAGACCCUGCGCUUACUGACGACGGGCCACUUGCCUCGGCUCAAAUCGAGCCCAGUCUUGGCGAAAUCGACGAGGAACGUGCGAGUAGUGGAGCCGGAGAAGACUUCCAGCUUGAGUCUCCAACCAGUGCAGACCUGUCAAUCAGCCCAGCUUCACGACGGUCUUCAUACAACUUGGCUGCUGAACUCAAAGGCCAAGGAUGGGAUGACUCUGAUGGAGACAUGCGGACUGAAGCAGGUGAUCAAGGCACAUCCUCUACCGUAGCCCAAACCGCAGGUACGCCAGGGGUGGAAGAGUCUCAGAAGCCUGAAGCCGCCAAUUCAGCGAAAUCCGAGAGCAUUGAAGAAGAAAAGAGCAAGAGACUGGCUGCCGAAGAGCAAGUGAGGAAGCUCAGGGCAGAAAUGAAGGAUCAGCGACAGAAGUUCGAGGAGGAAGCAGAAAAGGCGAAGACGAGACAUGAGAAGGCCUUAGAGAAGGCCAAUAUAGCAAGAGAGGCUGAAAAGGUAAAGCUUGAGGAAAAAGCCGAAUUGAACGUUAAUAACUUCCGCGGUGAGAUUGCGAAGUACGAAAAAAGUAUCGAAGAUCUACAAGCCCUCAAGCUGGGAGCUCACGCGGAGGAUCCUGGGCGGCCUAACGACUCGGAUGCCGAUGGGGAUAUGUCCAGGCAAGAGGAAACAGCCGCAAUGGGUGUGACUUCAACCAAAGCGAUCAACAGAGACCUGUUAGGAAUCCAUCGGGGUCCACAUACGCGGCCUGUUAGAAAUCUCCCAAGGGCCAACACGGUUAAUAUCAAGCCAGGCAGCGCUCGGUUCCUCCUCGCACAGUGCGAUUUCCUCCUUGAUAAGAAGACCCCAGUCUAUGCUGCCCUUCGAACCGUGGCGAACUACGCGGACGGCGGAGAGUUGUGGCCAAAUGAACGAACCAGGAGGAUGCUCGCCAAUUUCAAUCAUCAACUCGACGGCAUUGUUCAAUUGAUGGAAUGUCACAUGUAUGAGUCGCCAAAUCGAUGCCUCGAGGAAUCAAGAAAUGAUUGGAGGUUAGCGCUGGACAGCUGGAACCAGGGAACUGGUGGCAGGGAAUAG